CCCACCCAAGCUUCUAUUCCCUAUCUAGCUUAUUGUAGGAGGAUUUUGUAUCUCUAUCUAUUACCUCCAUUAUUUCUUGUCCAUUGCUUCAAACCCUUGUCUCUGUUCUACCGUUUCUUUCACAUAUAAGGAUGGAUUUGAAACGUCAGGUUGCCUACAUGAGAAGGUCCCUCUUUGAUCAGGGAUACCUUGAUGAGCAAUUUAUUCAGCUGGAGGAUUUGCAGGAUGAUGUUAAUCCUAAUUUUGUGGAGGAAAUCGUGACAUUGUUUUAUAGGGACUCAGCAAGAUUAAUACUCAACAUAGAGCAGGCAAUGGAGAAGAGCCCUCUUGAUUUCGAUAAGCUGGACACCUACAUGCACCAGUUCAAGGGUAGUAGUUCAAGCAUUGGAGCUAAAAAGGUAAAGAGCGAGGCUACACAGUUCAGGGAGUUCUGCAAGGCAGGAAAUGCUGAAGGAUGCUUAAGGACUUAUCAACAACUUAAGAAAGAAUAUACAACUUUGAGAAAGAAACUUGAGACAUACUUUCAGUUGGCGAGACAAGCUGGACCGGCUGAGACAGCGAGUCGCCCCAACUGAGGAUAACGAUUGACGAGACAAGUACAAACCAUAAUGCAGUCUGGUGAAAUGUGUUCCAUGAACCCCAACUGCAUUUGCAUCCAAGUUCACUCUAAAGUAAAAAUGAGGGUUUUAGUAAUACAUCUCUAUGUUUUAAUUAGGUGCCAUUAGUGUAGUAAGGCUCAAUGUUCGAUUUCUUUGUUGUUGCUUUCAUGAAUCAAUAUAAGAUGUUUGUUUGAAUAA